AUGAAAACUUCCCUGCUGGGUAAUGCCAAGGCUUUGGUCAAAGCUGGUGGUGAAAAUCGAAGAGGAAUACAAACCCUUGAAAGCCCUCUGUUUUCAACACAGUAUACUGGUGCUGGAAAGUUGUUAGUUAAUCAAAUUGCUCAUGUCAUAGGCCCUGGGAAACCCAGCUAUGAAGAUCUGAAGAAAUGUCUCAAAAAUUUUUUUGAUGAUUUGUCAGGAAAAGGCAUUACAGAUGUAUCCUUUCGCCUACAUCGGUGCCGGUGCAAUGGGUUUCUGGAAAGGGAAUCUGUGGCUUUGAUAUUCGAUAAUAUAAGCCGAAUGGCCCUUAGCAAAAAUCCAACUCUGAAUUUGGUUCGCAUCGUGAUAUUUGAGAAGGGAAAGUUUGAUCAAUUUAAAGAUGCAACGAAAACAUAUUUUUCAUCUGAACCAGACGCAAGACGUAAUUCAAAAAAAAGUUUUAAAAGUUUUAAAAGUUUUAAAUUUGGUAAACCAAAGAUUAAGAGUGUAUUUGGCAGAUUACCGGAGGCCCUGACACAAGAUGAAUUUGAAAAGCUCAUAGCUGAGUUUGGUAAGGCGAGAAACAUUGAAUGGAAGUCUGGCUUUGCCUAUGUUGAUUACAAGCACAGUUCUGAUGCAUCAAAAACUGUUCAAAAUCUCAAUGGGAAAGAGGUUGGCGGUAACAAUAUUCUUGUUGAGCUGGCACAAAACGGCGCAGGAGGGUAUGCAGUUGCUGGGGCCAUGCCAUUACGUUCACGGAAAACCCCUGCCUCAAGGCCUGUGCGUACCCCUCAUCGAAUACGCAUUGAAAACCUGUCCAGUCGGGCUCGGUGGAUGGAGCUGAAAGAGUUGGUAUCUUUAGCUGGAGAGGUGAUGUUCGCAGACACGCACAAACGAAAGACAGGCGAAGGUAUAGUGGAAUUUGCAUCAAGAAAAGAUUUAGAGGAAGCAAAGAUGUUUCAUAACACCAAAUUUUAUGGUAGAACAAUCAAACUGUAUGACGAGUCCCCAGGGGCUAGGAAAAUGAUAGUAACGAUAAGUCGCCCCCUCUCGUCAUCAUUCAAGAAAGAAGAGGGGAGGAGCUAUUCAAAAUCACCUUCUCCGAGAAGGGAAUCUAGGCAUGGGUCCCGAUCAGCUUCAUCGGAAAUCAUCCAAGUCAAAAUCAGAGCCAUCUGGAUCUCGCUUCUAAGAACAGAUCACGCCACGUUCAAAAAGAGAUCCAGGUCAAAAGAAAGGAAGAGUUCAUCAAAGAAAAGAUACUCCAGGUCCAACAGCCCACAAAGCAAUUCUCACAAGAAGUCCAAAAGUCCAAGCAUUCCCAUUCACUUAAAAACAAAGAUAGGAGAAGUCUUCGAACUCACAUUCGGCUCUGAAAAGAAUAGCAAAGAAAAAAUCAAAGACAAAAAUCAAAGCUAUUCUGUCUAGGUCAUCCUCAGAUAGCGAAAAGUCAGAGUAGAUUUUAAAUAUUUUAAGCGUACCCCACGAAUGUAUUCUCAUGCAAACAAGUCUCAAUUUUUCAA